CUGCUUCGUGUCGUAAUUGAAACUUGGCGCUUCAAGACUAUUUGGCCAUUGGCUAUCCUUUAUCCUGCCAGCUAGUGGCGGUCAAUCGCCCUCUCAAUGGCAGCAAUUUUUCAAUCCUCACCAUGUUUUCCAUUUCGACAGCUCCAGCUAAGCAGCAGUCUGUGGGCGAGACCAUCACCGUCCUCAGCAGCCGCCUGAGCUCGGCAACCCUUCUUGAAGACCGUCGCGCCGCUAUCCAGGGGCUUCGGAGCUUCGCCAAAGACUUCCCUGCCUCGGUGGCGUCAGGCGCUCUCCGUAGCCUAAUCGGGAGCCUGGGCAAGGAUGGCGACGAUGUGGACACGGUGAAGGUAGUGCUCGAAACGUUGCUAAUGCUCUUCAAUCCCAAUCAAGACAGCCCUGAAACCUCCGAUGAGAUCGUGCUCUGGCUCGCCGACGAGUUCACUCAACGACAGGAUAACAUCACCCUUCUCCUCGACUUUGUCGAUUCGCCUGACUUUUACUCACGACUAUAUGCCCUCCAACUACUGACGGCGAUCCUCGCCGCUCGCACGCAACGAACAGAGGAGUGCGUCUUCACUGCGCCGCUUGGCAUUUCCCGCCUCGUCGCCGCUCUCGAUGACGAUCGCGACGCCGUUCGCAAUGAAGCUAUUGGUCUGCUGACGGCCCUCACACCGACAUCGGUCGAGAUACAAAAGCUGGUCGCAUUCGAGAAUGCCUUCGAGAAGCUUUUCGCCAUUGUCGAGGCAGAUGGCGCCUUGUACGAGGGCGGCCGUACCGUAGAAGAUUGCCUUAUCCUGUUGGCAAACCUCUUGCGUCGCAAUGCAUCAAAUCAGUCUCUCUUUCGGGAAUCGGGCUGCAUGAGAAAUCUUGCCGUCCUUCUGCAGGGUCUUCUCGAAGCUCAGCUGCCAUCCGCCGAAGACGUGGCCGCGUGGGCUGAAAUCCAACGCAACAGGAAUAUAUAUGCCUUCCUCGCCAUCCUACGGCUAUUCCUUCCCAUAGGCGCGACGGGCGUUGUACAAAACCAGAACGCUCUGUGGAAGCAAGGGCUGGUCCAUCAUGUCCUACAACUGGCAUUUCGCCGUGAUAUAGGCCACAUUCCCAUAAGAGCCGAGGCCUUUGUCACUUGCGGCGACAUGAUUCGAAACUCCACGCAGCUGCAGGAGGCAUUCGCGCAACUGAGCGUGCCGUCACCCGUGUCAGGUCCCAUCACAGGGACAUUAUCGCAGAAUGGCGCCCACACCUUGUACGUCAUUGACGGUUUGCUUGACCUUAUUCUUAGCACUCAGGACCAGCGCCUUUUUGACCUCCGCUUCGCCGCUUGCGAGUGUCUCAAGGCCUACCUCUCCAACCAUUCAGAGGUCAGGAUUCACUUCCUCGGCCGUGCUAUUGACGGCUACCUGCAAGGGCAAAACGAGUCUGCCAACGUCUUGACUGUCCUCCUCCGACCCGACAGUGGCAUCGAUGCCGUUGAUCCUUACCGCCCGUGGUUUGCAGCUGUCAUCACCUUCCACCUCUUGCAGGGCAAUGACACUGCAAAGUCCAAGGCCCUCGCUCUCACCGAGGGUGACGCGGAACAUGGCGAGGAGGUCGUGACAAGUAUUCAAACGAUUGCCGCGCAUCUUGUAUCAGGUGUCGGCCGCGACGAUGACCCACGCCCACUUGUGGGCUACCUCAUGCUUCUCCUCGGAUGGAUGUUCGAGGACAUGGCUGCAGUGGACGACUUCCUCGCGGAGGGCAGCAAUGUACAGAGCCUAAUCCAGGCGAUUCUGCAACCCAAGCCUGUGUGGGACGGCGUGGUGCAAGGCUUGAUGGCCAUGCUGCUCGGCGUUGCCUAUGAGUUCUCGACUAAAGAUUCACCUAUUCCACGGUCAACCCUUCACUCGAUAUUGACAUCGCGACUCGGUUCCGAAGUUUACCGAGAUACGCUGACCAACCUCCGUAGCCACCCCUUAAUUCGGGAUUUCGAGGUGACGCCACAAAAGUACGACCCUUUGUCGCCAAGCGGACUUGCCGACGUUUUCUUUGACGCCGUCUUCGUAGAGUUCUUCAAGGACAACUACAGCAGAAUUCUGAGAUCCAUUGACAGAGCUCCCGAACUGGAAAUAUCAGUCAUAACCAAUGGGGUUCAGAAGGGAAUAUCGCGCGAGCUUGUGGAUUCGCUGAGGUCUCAAGUAGAAGAAAAGGAUCGCACGAUACAAGAGGCCAAAGUGCGGGCUGGCCAUCUAGAGGAGCAGCUAGACCAGGUCAAGGCAGAGGGCAGGCAUUCAAGGGAGGAAGCUGCCCUAGAGCUUACCAAGUUGCGUGAUGCAUACGACGCAUUGCAGCGGUCACAUGAGGCCGAAAUACGUACGAUUCAAAGUCAGGAGGCUGCGAAGGUUUCUGAGCGCGAUCGGCGUAUCUUGUCGAUGCAGGCCGAUCUCACAUCCAGGGAGGCUGCCCACGAAAGGAGCCUUGUGCAAGCGCGCAAAGCUGCACAAGCUGAGAUUGAACGCGUGCAAUUGCGCGCAGAAGCGGACGCCGCCGAUCUUCGGGCUAGCAUAAGCCGUCUGGAGGUAGAUCUGAUGAAGACAAAUAAGGGCAAGGUAGACGAGGUGAACGCUGUUCGAGAGGCGAGCUCGAGAGCAGCAGCAGAAGUCGCGUCGAAGCUGAAAGAGGCAGAGGCGCAAUGCCGCGAGCUGACGUCACGACUGGAGCAAAGCAAGUCUGAACAGGCAGACCUAGAGAGCAAGCUUAACGCGGCGGAGUCAUCGAGGUCGGCUGCCGAUGAGUCAAAGAGUGCUGUUCAGUCCGAGCUCGACGACCUAUUGAUGGUGUUUGGCGACCUGGAGGAGAAAGUGGGCAAGUACAGAGCACGCCUGCGUGACCUCGGCGAGAACGUCUCCGAUGCAGAGGAUGAUGGGGAUGGCGGUAGCCAGGACGACGACGACGUUGAUUGAAAGCACGGGCGACUUGUAUUCCGACUGCCUUGGUCUUGUCGUGAUGACGAGGAAAAAACAACCCCUCAAAACACCUCGCGUGCAAUGUGUAGAAGGGGCACAUGGAGGCAGAGCGCGGAUGGCCUUGGUGUUGUUGCACGGGGAAGUCAACCACGACUGCCCGACAGGAGGACGGCAGACACCUAGCUAUGACUGCGGCAGUCGUGCGUCUCCAAUACAGUCUAGCUUCCAUGCAUGCAUAGUGAGAGGGGCCCGGCGGCCCUGAUGAGAUCAGUGGCACCCCAGCAAGAAUCGUGAACAUCGCGGGCAGUCGCUCGUUUGCGGUUUCCAGCAAAGUGUUCUAUUCUGGCUGUUGCGAUGACCCUCUUCACGACAUGCAUUGGCCCUUCAAGUGACGACUGGAUUGAAGAGCUAAAGCGGUCGACAGACUCUGAAUACAAAUCACGCUCAACGCCGUCGCACGCUCGGGAGACAACUACGCAUCUAGCCAUGUUUUUGCUCGCGACUGGACUCGACCAGAAAGAUGAGUCGCUGUAGCGUCCGCCAUACGCUAUACGUUCCAGCAGUAUGUCACUACAAUAUGAUUGCGAAUAGAGGCUGAAUAUAUGCUCAUCCGUACCGUACCGGCACUCGCUAGUCAAAGUAAAUCAAUCAUCAUCGGAAAGGAAGGACAAAAAGUGGACUGGACUGGAUGGGCCACAAGCAAAUGGGUUCGAUUUUUACUCUCAACCACUAGCGCGGCAUCGGACGGUGCUGGUCUGCGCACGAUGCAUUAAUGGCCUUGGUCCUGACUUUCUACUUAAAUACUGCGUGCGUUAUUAGCCAACGAGAG